CGAUUUUCCGUUAUGGCACGUCCCUUGCCCCCCGCCCAAGCGCUCGCUUCUCGCCGCGCUCCGGGAAAAAAACCCGCCCAUGGCGCUGCGGCGCCGCGCCCUGGCGGAGCUGCAGCGGCUCAAAGCCAGCGGGGAGUCGGAGCUGGCCAUCGAGACCUUGGUCUUCGCCCUGCGGGCGCCCACGUGGCACACCUUCGCCGCCUUCGCCCAGCGCGCGGCGGAGGAGGAGCUGCAAGAGCUUUGUGCCAACGCAGGCGAGGCGGAGCAUGAUCGGCUCGAGUCCGACGCUGUGCCGGCCGCUGAUCGAGAUGGGCCAGACAUUGCGGCGGACAGUGGCACGCUUCACCGCUUAGGAGGUGCAGACUUCGCCGAACCAAACUUAGUCGCGUCGCACUUCGACGCGCCAGAUGUGACUGCGCCAGCCUUGGCCGCGCCAGAAGACAUGAUGGCGCCUGACUUUGCUGCGCCAAACUCGGGCGAGCCAGACUCUGCAACGCCAGACCUGGAUGACUUCGUCACGUCUGACCUUGCUGCACCAAACAUGGCUGCGCCAGACAUGGACGACUUGGUCACGCCUGAUCUUGCUGCACCAAGCCUAGCUGCGCAAGACCUGGAUGACUUUGUUACUUCUGACCUUGCUGCACCAAAGUUGGCUGCGCCAGACCCGGACGACUUGGUCACGCCUGAGCUUGCUGCACCAAGCCUAGCUGCGCCAGACCUGGAUGACUUCGUCACGCCUGACCUUGCUCCACCAAACUUGGCUGCGUCAGACGCGGACAACUUAGUCAUGCCUGAUCUUGCUGCACCAAGCUUAGCUGCGCCAGACCUGGAUGACUUUGUCACGUCUGACCUUGCUGCACCAAACUUGGCUGCGCCAGACCCGGACGACUUGGUCACGCCUGACUUUGCUGCGCCCAACUCAGGCCAGCCAGACUCUGCAACGCUGGACCUGGACGACUUGGUCACGCCUGAUCUAGCUGCGCCAAACCUGCCUGUGCCAGACUUGGCCGCGCCAGACCUGGAUGACUUGAUCACGCCUGACCUGGCUGCGCCAAACUUGGCCGCGCCAGACCUGAACGUGUCCGACAUGACCAUGCCUGACUUUGCCUCGCCAAACUUGGCCGAGACAGACUGUACCACUCCAGAUGUGAUCACAUCAAACUCGGUGCCGCCCAACUUUGAAGAGCUAGAUGCAACAAAGGAUAUUUGCACUGGCUCCAGCGCGGCGAAGGAGACAACUUCGAAAAUGCCGAAGCAAGGAUCGCUCUACUCGCAGUUCGCAGCUCCGAAGCCCGACGCGGCGGCCGCGGAGGCCGAGGCCGAGCUGCGCAGGGAGCGGCUGGAGAUGGCGCGGCAGAGGUGGGCGAGCAUCCCUGAGCACCGGCACGGCAACAACAAGAUCUCCGGUGAACCGGGUGCCAGUUCCGGCUCGGUGCCUGAGGAUCCGGAGGAAGUGCGGCAGGAUCAAGCUGCAGGUCAACGACCAGACCCUUUGGAGCCCAUGGGCGAACCUGGUGCGCCUAGGACGUUGGAGGUGCCCGAGCGUGACUCCAUGCCCUUGCCCAGCUUCUACGGAGGCAACGGGGCGACGGCACGACGGGGCGAUGGCGGCGAUGGGCGGGAUUUUGGCGAACAUCUGAUUAAAACUGGCAUGCCGCGCGUGGAAGAGACGGAGCCAAAGCCGGACCAGGAAGCCGUGGAGUUGGUGCCACCCAUUGAAGCCGAAGGCGUCGAGAGUCUUGAGCCUGAACUCCCGGCCGAGUGCGGCCAGGCUGAGGUAGAGAAGGCAUCGCCGGCCAAUGCGGCAUCGGCAGGCGGCAACGAUGCGGCGGACUGGACGCCAUCUCUUUGGCGCGCCAAGUCAGGUGAUGAGCCACUGAUGGGCCGUAGCUGGCGGGCCAAGGACCUCCGGUCCAAAGAGACUGAGGCACCGCAAGAGGCAGAGCUGGAGACAGAGCCGAUCGAGGCCGGCGUUGAGAGCUUGCGCCAGGAAAGGGAUCAGCAUCGCCAGCAGGGGGAUUUCGAGAAGGCUUUGGCCCUGUCGCAGCGCCUGGUCACCUUGGCGCCCACCGGGGAGAAUCAGUUGCGCCUCGCCGUGGCGCGCCUGGAAUGCGGCGGCCAGGACCAGCAAGCCUUUCAAGAGCUGAAGGAUCUGCAGGCCGCGUGCGCAGGUUGUCAGGAGCCCUUGCCGGAGGAAUUCAGUAACUGGCUGCGGGUGGCGCGGCACUGGGCCGUGCAGCCGGAUCGCAUCAACCACUACCGGUGCCUUAGGGAGGGGGUGGGGGCCGGGUCCAAUUAG